AUGUGUGGAGGAAGCGAGAAAGAUCUUCACGACCCGAGGCGCUUCGGGGCCCUCGCAGUGGUGAGCGACCGGUCCGGACUCGAGCAAGACCUCUCUGGCCGGAUCAUGUUCUACAACGACGUGGACUCCAAGAGCACAACAGCCACUCAUGUGAGAUUCAUACCGGUGCAUGGCCAGCAGAUCCUCCAGGACCUGACGUUGACGAUAUUCUCUACUGGGGACUUGACAGUGCCUACCUCGGAAUGCAAGCAAGUCGGAAGUUUCACCCUACCAAUGACCCUCGGCACCGAUCUCAGUGACCAUAGCUCGUCGGAGACGAGAUUAGGGCAGCAGCUACUGCUUGAGGUCGGUGGCGAUGGAGUGAUAGGAAGGCGGAUAGCGAUAUCCUCGCCAGCGUCCUCAAAGAUGUGUAUGGCCGAGGGUAUCGUCGGGUUCAACAGCGGCUCGAUAGCUCUAGCUGCAUGA